AUGGCGUCGCAAGCCCAGAGCUGGGCGUCUAAUGACUGGGAAGCCGAAGAGGGCAUUCCCCGCUUCGAAGACCCGUUCAUUCAAAAGUACCUGCAAGGUAGAGAGGCCUUGAUCGAGGAAGAGAAGAAAAAAAGACACGAUGUCCACUUCCGAAAUGCCUUGUCACCAGUGGUGAGGGAGGCUUGUCGAAUUGUCGAAUAUAUCCGUGCCAAAGAGCUGAGAGAUGUGUGGACAAAGGAUGUUCAAAGCGAACUAGGUGAUGAGAUUCUCUACCCUGGGAUGAUGUUUCGGCUGGCGAGGGAUAGGAUGGAGAAGACUGACCUUUGGAAAAUUAUGGCGAAAAUGCCAAAGGGAGCAUUAUUACAUGGUCAUAUAGAGGCAAUGAUUGAUCUAGACAUCCUGCUUCACCAGGUUCUCUCGUUACCUGGAAUGUAUAUGGCAUCUUCCGCACCCUUGGAUUCAGAAAACAAUCUUGAGAUCACGCCGUUACACUUUAAAUACUCUUCAACGGUGCUAUCGUCACAUGGAUCUCCUACGCUCUGGGAAAGGGAAUACCAUCCUUUAACAUUCCUGCCCGUGCAAGAGGUUGCUGACGCGUUUCCGGGCCAAGGGAUAGCGGGUUUUCGAGAAUGGCUCAAAAGUCGAUGUACCAUUGGGCACGAGGCUUCAUUGAAUCAUCACCACGGCAUAGACGCGAUCUGGGAGAUUUUCGGCAGAACCUUUCAAGUGGUAGACUCGAUUUUAUAUUACGAGCCCAUAUUUCGUGCCUGUCUUAGGCACAUGCUGGCCGAACUUCAUCAGGAUGGGAUACGAUAUGUUGAGUUCCGUCUGGCGUUCGACUUUGAAUACCGUAGGGAUCAGAGUAAUACUGUUGAAGAAGACUAUAUUGGAUUUUUCGAAGCAUUUGACGAUGAGAUCAAGAAAUUCAAGACAUCCGAUGCCGGUAAAGGGUUUUAUGGGGCUAGGAUGAUCUGGACCACCAUGCGAAGGUAUUCGAAUCGAGAUAUCGUGGAAAGCAUGAAGCAGUGCAUUUUGACAAAGGAAGAAUUCCCUGACCUUAUUGCUGGAUUCGACCUGGUUGGCCGAGAAGACGACGGAAGGCCUCUGGUGGACUUACUACCGGUUUUGUUUUGGUUCAAAAAACAAUGCGCUCUGGAGAACAUGGAAAUCCCGUUUCUUUUUCACGCUGGGGAAUGUUUGGGGGAUGGAAAUGAAACAGACCGGAACCUUUAUGAUGCUAUUUUAUUGGGCAGCCGGAGGAUCGGCCAUGGCUUUUCUCUUUUUAAGCACCCGCUUUUGAUUGAAUUGGUGAAAGACAAGAGGAUCCUUAUCGAGUGCUGUCCUAUUUCAAACGAGAUUUUGCGGUUAACCAGUUCGAUAAUGGCGCAUCCUCUUCCGGCCCUGCUAGCCCGAGGAGUACCCGUUGCACUGUGUAAUGACGACCCGACCUUGAUGGGCUAUGGUAAGAACGGUCUCACCCAUGAUUUUUGCCAAGUCCUUUACGGCCUCGAGAACACGGGGCUUUCUGGGGUAGCAACUAUGGCAGAGAAUUCCAUUCGAUGGAGUUGUUUCGAAGACCAGAGUCAGACGGAAUGGCUUCGGGAUAUCAAGGAGGGUAUCACAGGGCAUGGGCUCAAGGCUGUGCGUUUGAAGGAUUGGAAUGUGGAGUUCGAGAGCUUUUGUCAAUGGGUUGUAGUGGAGUUUGGGCCAGAAGUCCCUGAUGUAGAUGAAGCAUGA